ACAUAAUCACUGCAUAAUGCAUACCUUUUACAUAUUAAUAUACAUAUUCAGUAUACAUUAAGCAGCAUGUCAGUGUUCUAUUUCAAUCGCUUCCUCAGCGCUUUCACUCUGACCACAUAUGCUCUCGGUCUCCACACGUAUAUUAGCAGCACUGCUUCUUCUAUGGCUUACUAUCAGCACACAAGAAGCCAGAGAAAGUCUGACAUUAUAAAUUUGCAGUGCUCACACAUAUUUCAAGUUUUUUUUGCCUGGUGUCUAAAAUCUUUAAUCAACAACCAGCUAUCCAGAUGUUCCAUGACAGCCUGAACAUGUGUUUUAUGAGGACAUGAUGCAUGCUUCAGCGUUUCUUUCCUUUAAGCUUUUUGCUUUUUCACAUGUUUCUCGCGUUCUUGUAUGCCUUUAUAACAGAUAAGGUGUGAAUGAAGGUGGUGUUGAAUUAUAUAUCCUGUAAGAUGAAAUGCAGAUUCUGUCUGGGCCCUGCGGCGAAAGCCUUAAUGCUCUCAUAAGGUAUAAAUUACAUCACAUUUGAUGUAACAGAAGUCAUUGUGGCUGACAUGCCUGCGAGCAAGUCACUUUCAUAGACCCGUUUUUAUGUCAUUAGUAUAUUUCCUUUCCCAGAAUCCUCCUCUGAUGAGGGCAAAGCUACAAGGAAAGACCUUAAUAGUGAGGGAGCUCAUGCAAGCCGACACAGAUCGACUUCACAGUCAUUUUACAGACGCUUUACAAUCUCCUUUUCUUUUGAGAGCAUUCCUAAAGUCUCUGCUGUGUCUUCCCUUUCAUCAAAAAGUUGUUUUCUUUAUAAUCCAAUAAGGAUACUAAAGCACAAACAAGUCUGAGUAAUCUAAUAUAAACAUACAAAUGCUGUAUUGGUUUUAUUAUGCAGAAUGUCCCAUCUGUUAGAUGUACUUCAACAUCCCUCACAAGACUGGCACUGCUGAUGCUUUUCUAAUCCCUUGCCUUUUUGAGUCCUAUUUUUUUUUUUUUUUUGCUGCUUUUAUUAUUUAAACACACAUAUUUUGGAUGUAAAUUGAGGUUUGUUAUGCAAUAUGUCCCAUUUGACAGAUUUAUCUCAACAUCCUUCAGCAUUAGUCAUCAGUGGCUCUGACCAGAAACCUGCGCCCACUGAAUUCUGCAGAAAACGCCACGGAAUUUCAACAGCAAGUUCUGCUUGUAUUCUUUAAUUAGGUAUUUAGGUUAAUUAAUGGUGGCGGCCAAGUUAAGUUUAUGUAUUAUACAUCAUAUUCUGCAAUUAGACUUGCAAUUGGAUUUAAAAAGUUGUAAUAAAAAGGAUUGAGAACCCAAAGACUUGGAUCUAAAUCCUAGAAUAUCAGGUCUUAGAAGGUUUGCAAAGAGGUGGAAAAAUUCCAGGAAAAAUGUUUCUUGAAGUUUAAGUAUACUUUCCACUCUUUUGCUUCCCUAGACUGUAAAAAUGGCUGUGAAAUUAACUUUAAAUGACUGCAAAAAUGCCUAUGUUAAAACUUGUUAAAUGGUUAUUGGUAAAUUCACCUACUAUAUUCAGUGAAAAACUGUAUUGAAUAUUACUUGUCAUUUUACGGUAGUAUAGUUUACAGUGAAUAAUAAUAGUAAAUGGACAUUCCCAGAAUUCCCUGCGUUACAUUUAUAAUUUUUGUUAUUUUUAUUUUUUUGUUAAAAUAACUAUGUUUCUUCUUAUUUUUUUUUUCUUAGCAGUUUUAUACAUUAGGGUUGCAUGUUACACCUAAUGUUGUUAAAUGGAUGUUUACACCUGCUUUUGGUGGUUAUCAGUUUAUUACAAAUGUACAAAACAGAUUUCAGUAGGUUGGUAUAUUAACAUUAUAUCAGUUAAUGAAAUUACGGUAUUUAACUAUAAAACCCGAGAAGUUGCUACCAUUUUUUUUACUGUAAAAUUCCGGCAACCACAGCUGCUGUAAAUUUUACCUAAGUUUUUUUUACAGUGUACCUAGUACCUAGGCAAAAAAAAUUUUCAUGAACAAACAAUGCUCAAAUUUACUUAAUUGAAUGUAAAAAUCUAAAUAUUUGCAGUUCUAUGUGCUUUUAGCUACAUUUAAGCUACUAUUUUUUUUUUUUUUUUUACUAUUUCUUUACUGUUACUUCUCUCUUUAUGUUAUUUUAUUUAUUUAUUUACAAUUUUACAAAUUCUAUCUUCAGAUUUCUCCCUAUAAUCAAAGAAAAAAUGGGACAAAAUGAAGGAACACUACAGUAGGAAUCACAGUGCCAUUUUACCUGAAGAAAACUUGGCUUUUGUAGCGUUGUUGAAGUGUGCUACCUUUCCAGAUUUUGCAGCGACUUUUCUACCUUCAUAUGCAACCUUUGUGCAAUUACCCCAGAUUUAUUCAUACAGUUGGAUGAAUGAUUCGUGAUUCGUGAAUAAUGGUUGUCAGGUUGGGAUGCUGAACGUAUAUUUUUAACCAGUGUUAGAUGCACACAAUCUAACUGUGUUUAUGACAGGCUCUCCCUGCAGUAGGGCUUCCCAUUAGCAGAACUGCUACCGCUCAACAUGUGUUAUUAGCUCCUGUGCAGAAAUAUAAAAAAGGUGCUUGUUAUGCCCGAGGCUCAAUAUCUCCUUUAAACAUCGGUCGUAAAAUAAGCCUUGGCACCACCCCUUGAAUCUAUCCCAGCCAAUCGGAUGCCAGGAACCAAGCCAGGUCACCCUUGCAAAAAAAAAACUUAAUGUGUCCCAAAGGUUUGCCAUCUCCUGCACAGGUCGUGUUCAGUCAGAGAGGCCCGUGGGCACCGCUGAAGACAGACUGGAGGGGGACGACACAUCUCUGGGCCAAAGGACAAAACCUCUACAUCCAUUCAGAUUCCCACAUCUCCGUUGAGGGACAGAAACAUGGCUCCUCACCUCAGCAUGAGCAGCAGGACUUGGUUCUGGCGACGGAUGUUGGCUGGAUGUUUAACACGCUUGAUUGUCUUCACGUUGCUCUGUGCACCAGCUUUCGCUCAGCUGGAUUUGAACAGAUUAGAUGGCGAGACAGUGUGCCCAACCAUGAAGAAUGGACAAGAUGACCUACCAGGGUUUGAUCUGAUCACACAGUUUCAGUUGGAUGUUAUUCCCAUGAGGGGCGUCAGAAAGGUAGAAGGAUCCACACCCCUCCAGGUGGCAUACAGACUCGACCGAGAGGCCAACUUCCAGAUCCCAACCAGGCUGAACUUUCCAAGAGGCUUCCCAGAUGAGUACUCCUUCAUGACCACCUUCCGCAUGAUCAAGAACACGGUCAACAAGGUGUGGAACAUCUGGCAGGUGGUGGAUGAAGACGGUUUGAAGCAGGCAGGUAUGCGUCUGAAUGGAGACCAGCAGGCCCUGGAGUUCUUCCUCACCACUAUGGAGGGAGAUGUGCAGACUGUCACCUUCCCAGGCCUUUCCGUCCUCUUCAACACUAAAUGGCACAAAGUGAUGGUUGGUGUGGAGAAAGAGCUGGUGACGCUGUACGUGGACUGUCACCCUGUGGACCAGAAACCCAUCAAGAGGAAGGGCUACGUCAAUACAGAAGGAGACACCCUGAUCGGAAGACUGGAUUCUGAUCCCAACACAUCUGUAGUGUUUGAGUUGCAGUGGAUGCUGAUUCAUUGUGACCCAAAGAGAGCUCAGAGAGAAAGCUGCAACGAACUUCCUCUGUCUGAGAUGUAUGCCAAUGCUGAGCCGGAUCCCAAGCCGAUCCCUGGCCCCCCCGGUCCUGAGGGUCCUGAGGGGCCUAGUGGACCCCAAGGGGAACCUGGCAGAGACGGGAGAGAUGGUCUUCCAGGUACCCCGGGCACUCCUGGAGCUCCGGGCAGUAAAGGAGAUCGAGGAGAGAUUGGACUGCCAGGACUGAGGGGACUGCAGGGGACUCCGGGACCAAUGGGUCCAAUGGGCCCCAUGGGACCACGAGGAGUGGUGGGAGAAAGAGGUCUCCCUGGUUUCCCUGGACCUGCUGGACCCCCUGGACCAGAGACUGUUGGGCCUCCGGGACCCCCAGGGAAGCCUGGUACUCCAGGAGACGAGGGAAACAUUGGACCAGAGGGUCCUCCUGGACCAAGAGGAGGAAUUGGGCUCCCAGGACCACCAGGCCCACCAGGACCUCCAGGACCAGCAGGACCACAAGGUGCUGGGAACCCUGAGGGAAGUGGGGAGACUUGCCAGACUACAUGUCCAGCUGGACCGCAGGGACUGCCUGGUCUGCCGGGGAUGAAGGGACAUCGAGGUCUUCCCGGUCUGGACGGUGUGCCAGGUACCCAAGGUGAAAAGGGUGAGCGAGGGGCUGCCGGAGAGCAAGGUCCUUCCGGACGUCCAGGAGAUGAUGGUCAGCGAGGGCCAAUCGGAUUCACUGGACCUCAUGGUGAUAAAGGAGAUCGGGGUCCUCCUGGAUUCAACGGGAUCCCAGGACCUACCGGACCACCAGGAUCACCAGGUGUUGAAGGCAUUAGAGGGCGACAGGGGCAUCCUGGGCCUAAAGGAGACGAUGGUGCGAUUGGUGCACCGGGAGAGAAAGGAGCUUCUGGAGCCAAGGGUGACACUGGUGAGCCUGGAAAGCAUGGAUCUGAUGGAGCACCAGGAACUCCAGGAGAGAAGGGAGAGCCAGGUCUAUCAGGAGCCAUUGGUGUCAGAGGAAUUGUGGGAAUUCCAGGUUUGCCAGGAAAACCGGGACUCGUGGGGCCGGCAGGCCAGAAGGGUGAAACUGGCAUUGUAGGACCAACUGGUCCUGUUGGGCUUCCUGGUAGAGAUGGAGCACUUGGACCACCAGGAGAAGAUGGAACUCCAGGAGCCAAAGGAGCCACUGGUGAACAAGGAAAACAGGGUCCGGCCGGACCGGUGGGCCCACAAGGUAUCCAGGGAGAUAAAGGUGACCAAGGGCUCAUGGGCCCUCGUGGAAUCAAGGGUCACACAGGUCAUAAGGGAGACCAGGGCCCGAUGGGUCUCGUUGGUCCUAAAGGAAGUGAGGGAGAUCCAGGUGUUGCAGGAGAACCAGGCGUGAAGGGUGAUCAGGGGCCUCCGGGAGUUCCUGGCAUCAAGGGCGAGCGUGGGGAGAAAGGUCAGAGAGGAGCUACAGGAGCUGAUGGUCGUCCAGGACAGCCAGGUCAUGAGGGUCUGACCGGACCACAGGGAGCCAGAGGUCUGGAAGGGGAACGAGGACUAUCAGGACCCCCUGGUCCCAGAGGUCUUCCUGCGCCUAAGAUUAGUGACCAGAAGAUCCGUGAGAUUUGCUCAGCUGUUGUUGAAGAACAUUUGGAUGCCUACAAGAAGGAAGUAGCAAAGAAGCCUCUUGCCAUUGGAGCCCCUGGAACUCCAGGACCCAUGGGACCACCGGGACCAGCGGGACCAGCAGGUCCCGCUGGAGAAGCCGGACCCAGAGGAAUCAUGGGCCCCAAGGGGCCUCAAGGAUACUACGGUCUUCCUGGAAAACCAGGAGCCAAAGGUGAUGCAGGACAAAAAGGUGAUAAGGGAGAUAACGGAAUAGGAAUUCCAGGAAUUCCCGGAGAACCCGGACCACAAGGACCAGCUGGCAAGCCAGGCAUCGGUAAGGACGGUCAGGACGGGGCCAGAGGAGACGCUGGUGUGCCAGGAACCCCAGGAACCCCUGGAGCCAGAGGAUCUCCGGGCACCCCUGGUCUUUGUGAUCCUUCAAACUGCUUUAGGCCUCAGCCUCUUUACCUGGUUGGCGGGAAGAAGUCCAUCAACAUCAAGGGUCCAUGAACACAAACCUAGAAACCUUCAUCACAGUCAUCAUCAGGUAGUCCAUCUCUGACAAACUUGAAGAGACUUCAGAUGGCGAGCGGAGGGUGAGAGAAACAAACGUGACAGGUGUAUAGAGACAUACGGAUGCAGCUCCUGAUGGUGGAUCCAGUUCACAUGCUUUAUUGUAAAGUAGAAGAAAAUGUGUUCUUUUAAAAGGUUUACAGUAAAUUGCAGAUAAAUAAAUGAAUUGGAAAUUGUCAUUUCAGCUCUUGGGUCACAAACUGGUUACACAAGCCACUACACAAACCACUACAUUGCAAUUAUGCAAGUGUUUUUUGUUUUUGUUUUGUUUUGUUUUAGUUUUUUUUUCAUAAAAUGUGAUUGUAAAGACCAAUUUUAGACAUGGUGCCAGAUGUUAAGCUACACUAACACAACGACAGUGUGAUCCAACAACAGCUUGAAAUAAAAGAUUUUCACCACCAUGCAA